AUGGCUGACAGGCUGACGCAACUGCAGGACGCCGUCAACGUACAAGCGGACAAUCUGACCAACAGCAUCGGCGUUCUGCAGCAGCUGGCACGGCCUAACAGCUUCCCUUCGGAGAUUGCCUUUGACCGAAGCAGCAGCUCGGCUUACCAGAAUGCACUGGCGGAGAUGGGCGUCGCUCCACCGCCGCCCCCACCAGCAAUAAAAGAUGAAGGGGAAGAGAAGGCCAAAGAAAAGACCAAUGGUCUGGAGCACACCAACGGAGGCGAUCACGCGUCGAUGAAUGGCGGACAGCCACCGCCUACCAGCGAACAAAUCGACAACGGGCAGCUCUUUUCACGGUUGAUCGCCAAGACGGCCAAGGACAUUGACGUGAUCAUCGACUCUCUGCCGAACAAAGACCUGGAGGCAGAAGUACAAGAGUCGCACAUUCGCCGCCUGGAGGAGGAUAACAAGGAGCAGGCUCGCAAGCUGGAGGCGGCAAUCAAACACGGCGAGGAGAUGCUGCAGGUGAUCAAGAACGCCCUCGAGGACAUUGCUCAGAGUCAGAUGAUGAUGGAGCAGUUGGAGGCGAGAAAUCUGUCCAACAUCGGCGGCAGUGGACCUCACGGCUAA